AUGCUCAAGUGUAGUUUACAAGAAUUUGUUAAUAGUGUGCACGACAAAGACCAAGAUAAUGAUCAACAGCAAGACCAAGACGGAGAUCACCGAAGACGUUCAAGUUUUUACUGUAAAAAUAGAACACGCUUUGAUUAUUUUAAAAGCCAACCUAAUCAAAGAAUGUCAAUGCAAUCAUCAAUCCUGCCAAGCAAACCCGAAAUCCGUGAGCUCGCUAAAAUCCUCCGUAAAAAUGGCGACCAAGUACUCAGUGGUUCCAGCAAAUUAUCACUUUCCACAAAACUUCUCCACGAUCUGAACGACGCGUUUUCUCUGAUCGUCGACGACACCAAAGAACUCGAGAGUUCGUUCCAAGUUUGCAACAACUCCGAAAUUGAGAUAUUCCGAGACCUGAAAUUCCUCCACGACUUUGUCCAGAAGACAAUAUGGCUGAAAAUCGUGAACAUAAACGACCCAGUGACUGUAGACAUAACAAAAUUCCGUCACUUGCGCUACCUUGAGUUGCAAAAAGUUUUCAUAGAUAGCGUAAGAGGUAUCCAGGGAAUCAGGGGCCAAUUGGAGAGCAUCUGCUGUACCGGUAACGGCGGGGUCGGUACAGUAGGUCGUCUUCUGAGCUCCUGUGGUGGUGACGCUGGCGUCGGGUUUGUCUGGGCUUCUCUUAACCGUCUUUCACUGCCGUACAAUAACCUCGGUCGCCUUGACAAAUCUUUAGAAUUAGCACCGUGGCUUUCGACAAUCGACUUGUCUCAUAAUUUUAUCAGCGCUGCUAAUGAAUUAGACUGUCUCCCAAACCUUAAAUACGUAAACUUAAGCUACAAUAAACUAGAAUCGAUUCCUUCUUUCAAUCGAUCUUCGUAUCGGUCGAUAACGAUAAUAAUUCUGAAGAAUAAUUAUAUCGAUGACUUAACCGGGUUAGAAAAUUUGGAUUGUCUUUCAGAACUGGACAUUUCUUAUAAUUGUCUGCUAAAUCACUCAGUUUUAUGGCCACUGUCUUCAAUCACGACCCUGCUGUGGCUUAACUUGGUCGGUAACCCUCUGUUCUACCAUGAUAAGCAUCGUUGUUGCACCCUCCGGUACUUGCACGCAGCUCUCGCAGAAAAUAAGUUCACACUGGACCUUGUUCCGCUCAGCAAGUCUGAAAAAAACCAAGUAAGCGACAACAGAGCUUAUACAAUUCGAGGGGAAGUUAAAUUAAGCGAACGAGUUUGUUCGCCCGCGGAAAUUGACUGUGUCGCGGAGAUAGUCUGUGUGCCGGAAAACGACAAGAGAAGAAAGACUGUCGUUAAAGAAGUUGACAUUGAUGAUCUUAGCGAUGAGUUUGAGGUUCUUGGAACCGAUGGAACCGAACAAACUCCUGGGAAAGGAAAAGGGAGAAAAGAUGACCGGGAAAGUGUCUUGGAAACUUCGAUGGAACAUUUAGAGACUAAGAAAAAGAUUUUGGAAUUGAGGGAAAAGUUUGGCGGCGAUUGGUUGAGAAGUCACGCAGGUUCCGUUGUUCAGGAUAUCAUGGGGCUUGAUAAACAUCCUGUUGCUUCGGUUCCGAGGAACCUUGAUGAUCUGGAAGGCCUAGGUGGGUUGGAAAACGGAAAAGUUGUUGAAGAGCUGAGCUCUCAACAGAAUGAGCACCAAAAUAGCGGCCAGGUUGAAGAAGAACAGAAGGAACUGGAGAUCGAGUUCGAGGAACCGAGUAAUAAUAUUGUGGAACUUAGGGAAGAAAUUUAUGAUCCUGAAGAGGAAACUGGUGAUUUGUUUCUGGUGAGUCAGAAAAAUCCUGAUGAAGAUAUAUUUUUGGUUAUUACUGAUGAAUAUGUUAUUGAACGAGAUUCCAUUACGGGGAAGAUUAAGUAUCGGUGGUCUAUGGACACUGUUCUGUCGUGUAUAAUGGGCCGCGGUGAAACGACGAGCGUUGAUUUUAUCUUUGACACUACGAGGCGCGAUCGUCAGUCAAGAAUGUAUUACGUUGAUGGAGAAGAUGCUCUUAAAAUAGUGAGACUGAUGGCAGGGAGAAUUAAAAAGCGAGCUAUUGUGUUGAAAGUAUUUAAGUGUAUGAAGUGCUCGACGCAUUUUUCUCAAGACCCAGACUACAUUGUCGGGGUCGGGAUGAUAGACAUGAAGCCUUGUUGUCCGGCUUGCAAAAGCUCAUUGGUAAUCCAGACUGAUGAAUUGAUUACUCCUGAUGAUAAACCCGAUGAAAAUGGUAAUGGUACUGAAGACGGUGAUAAUUAA